UAUACAAACGAAUAUGUCUCAAUAUAAAUUGGAAGGUGAAUUCUCCAAUAUAAAUGAACGCCAACUGGAGUUCAUCAAUGAAGUGAUUUUACAACAAAAUUUGCAAGUUGAUAAAGUGAUAUUUGGUCCAUUGGGAAAAGCUGGUGAUAAUUUCAUGUCUGAUGUGAAAAGAAUCAGUGUAGAAGGUGCUCACGGGAGCCUGAAGAUGAUUGUCAAAGUGGCUUCAGAUUUGGAAGCUGUCCGUUCCGCCACAGGUACUGAAUUACUAUUCACUAAUGAGCAUGUUAUGUACACGGAAGUAUUACCUAAGCUGUUAUCACUACAAAAAGCAGCAGGAGUACCAAAAAAAGAACAUUUAAGAUACGCAAAAUGUUACGGAUCUCUGAACGAAGCACCAAACGAAGUGAUAAUUUUAGAAGACUUAAAUGAAUCAAACUUUAAAAUGUUAAACAAGUUUGAGCCUCUGUCAGAAGAGUGUAUAAGAAUCAUUUUAAAAAACUUUGGAAUUUUUCAUUCACUCUCGUACGCAUUGAAACACAAAGAGCCUGCGACCUAUCACCUCUUCAGUAGUAAACUGAAAGAUACUUGGGAUGUUCGAGUUAAUGAUCCAAACGUUGGUCUUCAAUUUGAACUGCUUUUAAAAAUGGUUUUACCAUUACUUGACAACGAUACUCAAAAAAAUAUAGUAAAGGAUAAAUUAUCAAAUGUAGUACAAGCAGUUCUAAAUCUAUCUGAGGAUAAAAAUAGUGGAAUCUCCGUCAUUCAUCAAGGCGAUGCUUGGACCAAUAAUUUUAUGUUCCGGUUUGAGGAAGGUGACUUGCGUGAAUCAGUGAUGGUUGACUAUCAAGCUUCAUCGAGCCACAAUCCAAUGACCGAUAUUCUCUUUAUGAUCUACAUCUGCACCGACCAUGAGGCCAGGUCUCAGAACUUGCACGACUGGUUGGACUAUUACCACUCAGAAUUAGAUAAAUCUUUGUCCCAUUUUGGCCUCAAGGCCAACGAUAUAUAUUCAAGAGAUCAGUUAAAUGCUGAUUUAAAAAGAUACGGUAAAUUAUUGUUUGCUACAACAGUCCUGUUCAAUAAUGUUUUAAUGAGAGAUGCGAGUGAAGUAACUGCAAUGAUGGAAGCCCUGAAGAUUGGUGGCUUUGAUGGAGUAAUGGAGAACAUGGACAAGCAUGCAAUGUCAAAAGAAACCUUUGACCGAAGUAAAAAAAGACUCUUAGAUCUAAUCGAAACCUAUACUCAAUAUGAUUUGUUGUAAAAAAUGGACGUUCGUAGAAAUGUUUAUUUAGUAAUUAAAGGUAAUAUGUCAUAGUUAAAUUACGAGUAAACUUUAUAUUUGUUUGUAUAUAC